GCUCGAAUCGGCAAGGUAGAUUCAUGAAAUCUCACAGAAUGACUGCUUUGGCGUGUACCGACGUUCAGACCCACCGAUGCUGGUGCCGAUGCUUUUUUCCAGCACGAUAGAAGAGCAGAAGAAAUAGACCGGUUGAUUUCAUCCGAACGAACGGGCUAAGACUACGCGUCCGGCGGCGAUAAUUCCUCGAUAAUAGCUCGAUAACGGGUCUCAUUGUCCCAUGGAAUUUCCAGAGAACAGUGUAACGACGACAGUGUCCGGUAAAGCUGCUACGUCAAAGAUCUGUUCGCCCUUGUAUCGACGCAACAUGACGCCCGACAAACGAAGUUCCGGUUCCAUUCAGUGUCGUAUUUGCCACGAAGAUAGUGGUAUAGAAGAAUUGAUAGAUCUCCCAUGCAAGUGUAAGGGAUCGUUGGGUCCAAUUCACAGAAGUUGUUUAGAGAAGUGGUUAUCCACGUCGAACAAGAAUUGUUGCGAGGUUUGCGAACAUCCGUUCGAAAUACAGAAGAAGAAUAAACCGUUCUCACAGUCUUUUAGGGAAUGGUGGAGGACCAGGGAGAAUAUGUACGGACCACACGGUGUAGCCGCUGAUAUAGCGUGUUUGAUAGUAUUAACUCCACUAUGUCUGACCGCCACGUAUUUGUGUGCAAUCGGUGCGUCUACUUACACUAGUCUCGGUUAUUGGGAAGGCAAGGGUUUAGCUGUGCUCUGUAUCAUACUGGUGGCUACUUAUUUUUUAUGGUUAAUCGUCACUAUCAGGUUCCACUUCAAAUCGUGGCAACGAUGGUGUACAGGACAUCAAGACGUAAAAUUAGUAAUGAAACGAGAACCUGGUGUAUCGUCUAACCACAGAUCGCAGAUUAAAACAUUGGUAAAUGUCGAUCAAGACGGUAAUAACAAUAACGCUGUUCAAAGUAAUCGACUCACAGAUUGGAUAUUUAUUCCACGUAACAAUAAUAAUACUGUGCAACAGGAGUCAACGAUUGUAUAAAUUUUUCUGUCGAACUAAAUCCUGUAAAAUUUUCAACCGAUAAACAAAUGUCAAUAUUAUAUUGGUUUGUUAAAAAAACUAUAUAUACUUAUAGGUUUAAAAAAAGUGCAAAAACGAUUAAAAAAAACAUUAUUGAAUUGCGUAAAUUGAAUUUAGCACCACGUAAUAAUUCACUAAUUUUUUUUAAAAAAAGGUUUUCGAUUGAAAAUUGAUUUAUUAGGCUUAUUACUACGAUUUUCCGCUGUAUGGCAUAAAUAAUUGUAAAAGUAUGUUAUAAUUAUAUUCUGGUCAAAUCUUGUGAUGUAUGAUUAGCUAUAAAAUGAACUGAAUUAAGACUAAUUUGAAGCUUUACUUGUAGGUGAUAGAACUGUGAUUUUAGUGUGACUGUGAUCUCCGGUUAAGCAAAACUAUAUGUAAAUAUGUCUAUACACCUCAUGUUACGAAUUGUUUUAAGGCUUCGUAAUAGUCAAUUAGCCUGAUCUGGAUGCAUUAGUUUUUAUUAGUUCAUUUGCAACAUCACGUGUCGUUUGUAUACUAUAGUAACAAGAAUGAAUGGUUUAUACGUUUCGUAUGUAUAUAAUUUAAAGAAUAUGAGAAGUAUGGAACUGUAGUACCUACGAAUUUAUAUUUAUGAUAACGUUUAAUAUCUUUUUCGUUUUGUACUUAUACCCGUUAAUGUUAAUAUAUUGAUAUUAAAUUAUAAAAUCAAA